CGCGCCACAGGAAGAAAACACACCACCCAAAACACUGAUCAGGAUCUCUUCCUGUGAUCAUUGAUUAAUAUUGACAUGCUAAACUGUUUAAACAAAUGGUUCUUAUAUUCAGUAGUUUGGCCUGAAAGAAGAACAAAUGGAUUCUACGGAUAAAAGAAAUCUGAGGACAGUCGACUUCCUCGUGUUUCUAACCACCAAACUGGACUCUAUUGUUUAUUUUUAAUUGGUUUUCUACUGUCGGCUGUGUUGACCUCUGAGCUCCUCCACCAUGAGCUCCAGGGUGUGCAGGACCUGUGGGGGGUCAGAUAUAGACGUGGAUCAGGCCCGGGGCAGCGCGGUGUGUACCACCUGCGGUUCGGUUCUGGAGGACAACAUCAUCGUCUCUGAGGUUCAGUUUGUGGAGGGAAGUGGAGGAGUUUCGUCUGCUGUGGGACAGUUUGUCUCUGCUGACGGUCCAGUUAAAGCUCCUCUCCUUGGUUCUGGUUUUCACACCAGUGUUGGGAAAGAGUCCAGAGCCCAGACCUUGCAGGCUGGGAAGCGUCAGAUCCAGCAGUUGGGCAGUCAGCUGCAGCUGAACCAGCACUGUUUGGACACGGCCUUCAACUUCUUCAAGAUGGUCGUCAGUAAACACCUGACACGAGGACGCAAGACGGAGCAUGUCAUUGCUGCGUGCCUCUACCUGGUGUGUCGCACUGAGGGGACGCCACACAUGUUGCUGGAUCUGAGUGACCUGCUGCAGGUGAACGUUUACAUACUGGGAAAAACCUUCCUGCUGUUGGCUCGUGAGCUCUGCAUCAACGCGCCCGCCAUCGAUCCCUGUCUCUACAUCCCUCGAUUUGCCCACAUGUUGGACUUUGGGGUGAAGACUCAUGAGGUUUCCAUGACAGCACUUCGUCUUGUUCAGAGGAUGAAGAGGGACUGGAUGCACACGGGUCGCCGACCUUCCGGACUCUGUGGUGCAGCCCUGCUGGUAGCUGCUCGGAUGCAUAAGUUUCGUCGCACAGUGAAGGAUGUGAUCAGCGUGGUGAAGGUGUGUCAGACCACUCUGAGGAAGAGAUUAACAGAGUUUGAGGACACACCCACCAGCCAGCUGACCAUCGAUGAGUUCAUGAGAGUCGAUCUGGAGCAGGAGUGUGAUCCACCCUCCUUCAUCGCUGCACAGCACAAAGCCAAGAUGCAGCAGCUGGAACAGGAGCUGGCCAGGAAGCUGGAUGACGUGGAAGGAGAGAUCAGCUGCUACAAAGACGAGAUUGAGACUGAGCUGGAAAAGAGCCGACCCAAACUGAGAGGAAUCUACGCCGCCUAUGCCAAGGAAAUCGACCCUGAGGACGCAGAGGUUUUGUCCUUGACCUCUGACCCCGAGGAGCCCGAAGUCGAAGAAGAUGAGCUCCAAGUUGCUGCCCAAAAACUGACUCAGGACUUCCUGUGUCAGGUGAUCCAGGAGGAGGAGGGGCGGGGCAAGAAGACAGAUGACAGCGGGCAAGAGGCAGGGUCAGACGGGGAGGAGGCGGGACCUCAGCGUCAGGGUGCCCCCCUCGCCGCCAUACUGGGAAAGCUACCGAGCGCCGCUAGCCUGGGCCUUCAACAGACCUACGACGAGUUGGAAACGUGUGAGAAACCAGAUGAUGAGCAGUCGGAGGGCGGUGAACUGGACCUGGACGGAAUCGAUGAUCAGGAGAUCGAUAAGUACAUCCUGAAUGACAAGGAGGUCCAAGUGAAGACGGAGCUGUGGAUGAAGCAGAAUGCAGAAUACCUGAAAGAGCAGAAAGAGAAAGAAGAGAGGAUAAAGAAAGAGAAAGAACAGGGGACUUACAAAGAGAAGCCGAAGAGGUCCAAGAAGAAGAAGGAGGAGAUCCAGGCGCUGACGGCGGGCGAAGCCAUCGAGAAGAUGUUGGAGAAGAAGAAGAUCUCCAGUAAAAUCAACUACGACGUCCUCAGAGACCUGAACAGCAGAGGGACAGGAAGUGGGGGGGGCAGCAGUCCCAGCAGAUCCUCCUCGGACCCCCCCAACACCAACGCUGCCGCACAGAAACGACUCAGUCGCCGCCGCCGCCGCAAGAAGAACAGUGACGCCAACCAAGACUUCGCCACUAGUGCCAGCAUCAUGGGGAAGAGGGUCCGCCUCCUUUUAUCCUCCACAUCAAAGAAGAAGAAAACGUCCGUCCAGGCAGAAAAGUCGGUCACCAUGACGACAGACGCAACAACGGAGGUAGCAGCUGAAGUGACCUCUAACCCUGAACCAGACACCAGCUCCACCCCUGCUGCUCCGCCCGCUGUGCCGGAGGAGGACGAGGAGGAGGAAGAGGAGGCGGAGGAGGAGUGCGUCAGCGCUCUGCAGCUCGUAGGAGAUUACGGCUGUGAGGAUGAGGAAGCCUUUUAGCUCCACACUGAUGUUUGACCACCAGCGAAUCAACUGUCCGUCCAUCGGCUCCACUCAGUGAUCAAUUUUACAGAGAUCAGUAAUCAGCGAUGGAGUUUUAAUUUCUUCUUUCACUGGCUCCUGAUCAUUUGAGUAGAUAUUCAGCCAUCAAGCCUGUCACGUUGUUCAUAAUGUAAAUAGAGAAGUUGUAGCCUUUAGAUGUGUGUGUAUUUUUCUAUGAAUCUGUUUGCAUGUAAAUACAUUUACAUUCCAAGACACAAGCGUUUUAACGAUGCUGUUUUACAAGAAAUGUAAAAAAUGUUUUAGAAAAUGAACCAUCACAAACUCCAUCAGGUGUUUUAAUGUUUUAGUAUUCUUAAUGUUUUUCUCAUGUCUGUGUUGUACAUGAAUGUGUGUAUUUUAUAGUGGACUUUGCUUCUUUGUUCUUGCUGAGAUAAAAUAAGGAAAGUGAAAACAUUCCCUCAGAGAAUAAAGAACCUCUGAAAGAAUCAAA